GGGAAGGUUUCGGCGGGAAGAAUAAGCGGCCGGGCUCCGUUGACAAACCGAUGUUUCUUUCACCGUUUUGUACACACGUUUCUUCUUCGAAAUUUGUUUAAAAUGUACAUUAAACAGGUCGUUAUUGACGGUUUCAAGUCGUAUGCUACACGGACGACCAUCUCUGGGUUCGAUCCUCAGUUUAAUGCGAUCACAGGCCUGAACGGCAGCGGAAAAUCAAACAUACUUGACUCCAUUUGUUUCCUUCUUGGAAUUUCGAACUUAACACAGGUACGGGCAAGCAGUUUACAAGAACUGGUGUACAAAGGUGGACAGGCAGGGGUAACCAAAGCUACAGUUACAAUCACCUUUGACAAUACAGACAAGAAGCAGAGCCCUUUAGGAUAUGAAUCUUUUGAAGAAAUUACAGUUUCUAGACAGGUUGUUAUCGGAGGCAGGAACAAGUAUUUAAUCAAUGGCUGCAAUGCUAACAACACCAGAGUUCAAGACUUGUUUCGUUCAGUUCAGCUCAAUGUAAACAAUCCUCACUUUCUUAUCAUGCAGGGCAGAAUAACUAAAGUGCUGAAUAUGAAACCACCUGAAAUACUGUCUAUGAUAGAGGAAGCUGCUGGAACAAGAAUGUAUGAGAGUAAAAAGCUGUCAGCACAGCGCACCAUUGAGAAAAAGGACAGCAAACUACAAGAGAUUGAAACUAUUCUUGCAGAAGAAAUAACUCCAACCUUGACCAAACUUAAAGAGGAGAGAGCAUCUUAUCUUGAAUAUCAAAAAGUCAUGAGAGAGGUGGAGCAUCUUUCAAGACUCUAUAUAGCUCAUCAAUUUGUGAUGGCAGAGGAUGUGCAGAAAAAGGCUGGAGUUGAACUAGAGAACAUUAAACAAGAGAAUGUCAAACUAAAAAAGAGAUGUGAAGAGAUUGAAGGAAAAGUUAAAGAACUAAGUGCAGUCAUCUCUGAAUUAGAAAAGAAGAAGAUUGCUGAGUCUGGAUCAGCCCUGAAAAAACUUGAAAAUAGACUUGAGGAGGUUUCAAAGGUUGAUGUUAAGACAGAAUCUGAUUUGAAACACAUGAAGGACACUUUGGCAGCUGAGAAAAAGAAGAAAAAAGCACUCCUGAAAAGCCUUGAUGAUGAUCAAGCUCAAUUAAAGAACAAAGAAAAAGAGCUGAAGAAGCGGAAUGACCUUCUCAUCAAACUGGAAGAAAAGAGUCAAGAAGACAGCAAGGCACUGAAAAUAGCACAGGAUCAUUUCCAUGCAGUGUCAGCAGGGCUAUCCAGCAAUGAAGAUGGCGAAGACAAGACUCUUGCAGACCAGAUCAUGACUUUUAAGAGUGAAAUAAGCUCUGCUGAAACUGAAUCCAAGCAAGGCCAGAUGAGACUCAAACAUGCUCAGACAGAGUUGAAGAAGAAACAAUCUGAGCUGAAGAACACAGAGAAGAGCUAUAAGAAGGACAAGGAUGUUUAUGAUGCAAUUGAAAAGAGUAAAUCCAAACUUGAGGAUGAAAUGAAGAAAUUGAAGUAUGAAGAGGGAAAAGAGGAAAAACUUAUUGCCAAAAGACGUGAGCUGGAGGCUGAGGAUUCUGCACUAAGGACCAAAGUGGAAACUCUGGAGGCAAAAUUUCCAAAACUUCAGUUUGAUUACAGAGAUCCAGAAACAGGAUUUGAUCGCAAGAAGGUGAAAGGUCUAGUGGCACAACUGAUUCAAGUAAAAGAUGUCUCAUCUGCUACAGGUCUGGAGGUGACUGCCGGAGGAAAGCUCUAUAAUGUUGUGAUAGACAAUGAAGUGACUGGUAAAAAGUUAAUAAGCAACGGCAAACUCAAGCGCCGCUACACAUUUAUUCCACUGAAUAAAAUUGCUUCCAGAACUCUUUCAAAUGAUGUUGUGAAAAGAGCAGAAAGCUUGGUUGGUAAGGACAAUGUCAACCUUGCUUUGUCCCUUGUUGGUUAUGAUGAAGAGGUCAAAGCAGCUAUGGCUUAUGUGUUUGGGACUACUUUUGUAUGCAAUGACAUGGAUAAUGCUAAAAAGGUCACCUAUGAUCCCAAAGUGCAAGCAAGGUCAGUGACCUUAGGUGGAGACUUAUUUGAUCCUCAAGGAACAGCCACAGGAGGAAGCAAAAUCUCAUCGUGAAAAAGAACUCAAGACAGCUGAGGAAGAGGUGAAAAAGAGUAAGAAAAAAGCUGAGGAGUCAACAAAGAAUAUGAAAGCAAAGCAACAGGAAGUCGAGGAGAUGAAGUUAGAAAUGAAAGAGCUGAAAAAUGAAGGGGCUAAAGUCGAUGAGCAAGUCAAAGCAGUCGAUGAAGCAAUUUCAAAAGCUGAGGAGCAAAUUGAAAAAAUUUCUGAGAGGGCGAAGGAAACAAAGAACGCAGUCGAAGAGGCCGCUAAAGAGCUAGAUAAACAGAAGGAAGCCCUCAGAUCGUGUAAUGAGGCCAUUGAAGAGAAAGUGCAGGAACAGCAAGGCCUACAGAAACAAGGUCAGGAUAUUCAGCUGGAGCUUAAGGAGAUGGAUUAUAAAGUGAACAAAUUUCAACGCGAUAGUAAAGAAGCAGCUUCAAAGGUGGAACAAAUGUUGCAAAAAUACGACUGGAUCGCCAGUGAGAGGAAUUUUUUCGGUCAACCGAACAGUGCUUUCGAUUUUGCCGCUAACGACAUGAAGGAUGUCUCUAGACGGCUCAGUAAACUGCAAGAAACGAAAGACAAACUGGGAAAGAACGUGAACAUGCGAGCUAUGAAUAUGCUUGGAAAAGCUGAAGAGAAGUACAAUGAUUUAAUGAAAAAGAAGCGAAUUGUCCUGAACGACAAAGAUAAGAUUGCGUUAGUCAUCAAAGAACUUGAUGAGAAGAAGAACGAAGCCCUAAGGAACGCUUGGAAGAAAGUGAACAAGGAUUUUGGCUCGAUAUUUUCUACUCUUCUUCCUGGAACCACAGCGAAGCUAGCUCCCCCAGAAGGACAAACGGAACUUGAUGGGCUGGAGGUGAAAGUGGCUUUCGGAAACGUUUGGAAGGAAAGUCUCAGUGAACUAAGCGGUGGACAAAGGUCUUUAGUCGCGCUAUCACUCAUCCUAUCCAUGUUGCUCUUUAAACCUGCUCCUCUGUACAUCCUUGAUGAAGUAGACGCCGCCCUGGACCUGUCUCACACACAAAACAUCGGCCAAAUGCUCAGAGCCCACUUUAAGCAUUCCCAGUUCAUUGUAGUGUCUUUAAAAGAUGGCAUGUUUAACAAUGCCAAUGUCCUCUUUAAAACGAAGUUUGUGGAUGGCGUGUCCACGGUCACGCGGUACGCUCAGUCCCAGCCCUCUCGGGAUGGUCGGGAUGAAGAUGGAAGUGGAGCAUUGGGAAGGGGAGGGAAGAGCACUGCUAAGAAAAACCCUAGCAAGAGGUUGAGAACUGACACUCCUGCCCAACCUCUUUUGCCAUCGCAGGGUUAAACCUCUGGAAAUGUGAAUAGCUAAGGUUUUGUGGUGUUGUUUGCAGAAAUAUAAAGCGUAUUAUCAUGUUACUUUGCAUCAUGCUGAAAGUGUAGAGCAUUAACCUUCAUUGCAUCACACUGUUUAUCCUUAUAUAUUAGUACAUUAACCCUCUGGUAAACAACAUCCCUCUCCACAAUUCGUUCUCAUAAACGUACACAUCUAUUUUAUUAACAAAAGCAUAUUUGGGAACUUCUAGAUGGGAAUUUGAGUUGAUAAGUUUACUGUGCUCUCUCGUCACAGUAAUGUAUGACUAUGUUGCGUAUACAUUCCUCUACUUCAUCAUGUAACGGUCAAAGUGAAGGUUGUCAGAUUUCCUUAUUCUGUCAAGUAACUCUUGUGUAAAUACCACUUAGGGUACCCGGCUUGAAAUAGUGUUCCACUAACCCUAAACAUCCUAUCAUCAGAAUGUGUAUCCCUCAUUCUGUUCUGUAUUUAUUUCUUGUGGUACUGAUAAGGAUAAUGUUUUUUACACACUGAAGAGCUUUUAUUUCUUGGCAAUCAUUUUCUUUAUUCAAGUACGUUAAGAAGAAAAUAGAGAAGAAGGCUUGAUCUGUUAUUAUAGUUUCUCCCCUACAUUGUAAUGUAUGAACGAUGUACACAAGGGUGCAACCAAAGGGACUUCUUAACGUGCACGUUA